UGACCGUAGUGUGCUCCCUUGAUGAUGAUAUUAGAGCAGAUAUGUCUGGAUACAUGCUGCGAGUAUGGGGUGCCAAAGAAUAUCUAACAGCGGGCAGUUCUCUGAGCGAGUACGACUACAUCCGCGAGUGCGUGCGCCUGGAGAAGGACGUGCGUCUGUUCCUGCACGAGGGCGGUGACUGCGCACUGGGCCGCGCUGACCGGGACGACGCGCGACACGCCCACCUCACGCUCGACGACCUCAUGCCUGACCAGACCACGCUCAGCUUCGACAACCUCUCUAUACUGCUCGAGACACUGGAAGGUGAAUUAUCUCGUGCAGUUGGUGUGGUGGGCGCAGAAGGGAGUUGCUCCCCGAAGGCGGUGUUCCAGGCGGUGAAGGCUAUCUGCGCGCUCGCCGGUGGUGUCGAGACUUUGCACGUUACGUACACACUCAACGCCUUCGCGCAGGCCUGCACCGCACAG